GCACGGCGGCUUUGGUACAUAAUCUGCGACACAUGACAAGAACAAAGAUAUGCCUUCUUCACCGAUACCAUAGCUUCUCAACCCUUAUCAAGCACGAGCGCGGUGUGAAGUUUCUUUUGUGCCGCCGAACCACAUUCCUCUAGAGCGAUGCGUAUCUCUACAAAGCAACGCGUGCGCCUACCUGAAACAACAAACAACCAUCAUUUCUGCCGUCAUGUCUACUCCGUACUCAACACCUCGAUUAACACUCUUUUCGACCACUUUUUGGGAAGUUCUUCCCUCACAUUACGACAAGAUCAUAACACGCUGGUCUAAGAUUGCACACCUGCAUCACGAAGCAAAGUCCGACAUAUUAGCCACCGACCGCGCUGGUGCAGUGGCAUCCCUCAAAGCGGAGUUAGAGAUGCUGGAUCGGGAUGUGGAGGAGUACCGAAAGCUUGUGAACGGUGUUGAUAUUACUGAUAUUGCAGGCGUAUACGUCGUGGGUGGCAGGCCGCGACAUCGCGCUUUGGAGAUUGCGAAGGAGGACAAGAAGGAUCUGGAAGAAAGCUUGAGCUUGGUGGAGGAGCAUGUGAAGGAGAUUAAGGCCGACGUUGCGUACGGGUUUGAAGAGAUGGAGCAGCCUUGAUUUUUUUUCUUUUCCCACUAGACAUCUCCAGCGCUUUUACAUCAAUUUUGCGUUUUCGGAUAAUCUUCAAACCAAGCUCUGUGUCUGCAGUCUAGAAACCCCCUGGGCAGUGUGAAGCCGGCCGUACGUGAUUUGAGUUGAGCUAUCGAGUCAACGAUGAAGAUAAACAACG